AUGAGUAGAUCGAUUAAUAUUCAAUUAUAUAAUCGUCUAUCAUACUUUUUAGCCGUAUUUAUUGCACGUGACCGAGCCUCAAUCUUUUUGUCGUACAAUGAAUGCAUGAGGAGAGCGAAAUGUAGUUCAUCAAAUCGUGAAGAAUGUUCAGAAGAAUGUGCUGAUGGUAAUACCGAAGAAGAGCUAGAAGAGUAUAUAGAAGUCAGAGGACAUGUACACAAACAUUCAAAGAAAUCUGGAAGACAUGGCAAAGAUACCGACACCGAUACAGAUACUGAUACAGAUACUGAUACAGAUACUGAUACAGACACUGAUACGGAUACGGAUACGGAUACGGAUACGGAUACUGAUACAGAUGACACAGACACAGACACAGAUACUGAUACAGACACUGAUACGGACACUGAUACAGAUGAUUCAGAAACAGAUACUGAUACUGAAACUGAUACAGAAGAUGAAGAAGAAGAAGAAGAUGAAGAAGAAGAAGAAGCAGACAAAUUAAAAAAGAAAGCAAAACAUCAUCAUGGACAUCAUAAAAAACAUGGAAAAAAAUCAUCUAAAUCCAGAAAACAUCAUUAG